AGAAACCCCCCUCCCCACUACUUCCCCAGAGAAACCCCCCUCCCCACUGCUUCCCCAGAGAAACCCCCCUCCCCACUGCUUCCCCAGAGAAACCCCCCUCCCCACUACUUCCCCAGAGAAACCCCCCUCCCCACUGCUUCCCCAGAGAAACCCCCCUCCCCACUGCUUCCCCAGAGAAACCCCCCUCCCCACUGCUUCCCCAGAGAAACCCCCCUCCCCACUACUUCCCCAGAGAAACCCCCCUCCCCACUGCUUCCCCUGAGAAACCCCCCUCCCCACUGCUUCCCCAGAGAAACCCCCCUCCCCACUGCUUCCCCAUAGAAACCCCCCUCCCCACUGCUUCCCCAGAGAAACCCCCCCUCCCCACUGCUUCCCCAGAGAAACCCCCCCUCCCCACUACUUCCCCAGAGAACCCCCCCUCCCCACUACUUCCCCAGAGAAACCCCCCUCCCCACUGCUUCCCCAGAGAAACCCCCCUCUCCACUACUUCCCCAGAGAAACCCCCCUCCCCACUACUUCCCCAGAGAAACCCCCCUCUCCACUACUUCCCCAGAGAACCCCCCCCUCCCCACUACUUCCCCAGAGAAACCCCCCUCCCCACUACUUCCCCAGAGAAACCCCCCCUCCCCACUACUUCCCCAGAGAAACCCCCCUCCCCACUACUUCCCCAGAGAAACCCCCCUCUCCACUACUUCCCCAGAGGAACCCCCCCUCCCCACUACUUCCCCAGAGAAACCCCCCUCCCCACUGCUUCCCCAGAGAAACCCCCCUCUCCACUACUUCCCCAGAGAAACCCCCCUCCCCACUACUUCCCCAGAGAAACCCCCCUCUCCACUACUUCCCCAGAGAACCCCCCCUCCCCACUACUUCCCCAGAGAAACCCCCCUCCCCACUACUUCCCCAGAGAAACCCCCCCUCCCCACUACUUCCCCAGAGAAACCCCCCCUCCCCACUACUUCCCCAGAGAAACCCCCCUCCCCACUACUUCCCCAGAGAAACCCCCCCUCCCCACUACUUCCCCAGAGAACCCCCCCUCCCCACUACUUCCCCAGAGAAACCCCCCUCCCCACUACUUCCCCAGAGAAACCCCCCCUCCCCACUACUUCCCCAGAGAAACCCCCCUCCCCACUACUUCCCCAGAGAAACCCCCCUCUCCACUACUUCCCCAGAGAAAACCCCCUCUCCACUACUUCCCCAGAGAAACCCCCCUCCCUACUACUUCCCCAGAGAAACCCGCUAGUAACCCGCCCUCUCCACUACUUCCCCAGAGAAACCUGCCCUCCCCACUACUUCCCCAAAGUAACCCGCCCUCCCCACUACUUCCCCAAAGAAACCCGCCCUCCGCACUACUUCCCCAGAGAAACCCCCCCUCCCCACUACUUCCCCAGAGAAACCCCCCUCCCCACUACUUCCCCAAAGUAACCCGCCCUCCCCACUACUUCCCCAGAGAAAAGCCCCCUCCCCACUACUUCCCCAAAGUAACCCGCCCUCCCCACUACUUCCCCAGAGAAACCCCCCUCCCCACUACUUCCUCAGAGAAACCCGCCCUCUCCACUGCUUCCUCGGAGAAACCCGCCCUCCCCACUGCUUCCUCGGAGAAACCCGCCCUCCCCACUGCUUCCUCGGAGAAACCCCCUUCUCCACUACUUCCCCAAAUGAAGCACUGUUCUCCCCAUCUCAG